AUGUCCGCCAGACCAUCUACACUCCGAAUAAUUUGGCAUCGCUGCCCUGGUGCCUGUACUGGGACCCCAGUACGCUCCAGCUUCCAGACAUACACCUCCUCCUCAACAUGGCGGUCCUUUGCUUCGAGACCUCCCCGAUCUUCGCCUGUUCCUAAACCUCAAAGACGCUCCGCACCCUCAAGUUCUCAAUACGCCGACUUGCCCAAGAAUCUGCAACCAAAGGCAGGAGGACUUGGAAGGUUAUUCAGCAGAGUCGCUCACGAAGGAGAUGUCACACUAUUCCAAGCACACUCGCAGCGCAGCUAUUACUUCAGUGCCUACGGUCUGUCGGCAUUCUGCUUCGCCUAUGCGGUCUACAACUCCAACGCCGUUUUCCGAGACCCCGUCACCGUCCUGCCUAUGUGGCAACAAGCGCUCUUUGGCGGUAUCUGUGUAUCGAUGAGUGUAAUGGGUACUCUCUUCCUUGUUAGGACUGGUAACAUGAUCCGAAGCAUCAAGGCGGUCCACUCUCAAGGCCAACCCCGUGUCCGCUUCCAGGUUCGGGGGCUGGUGCCAUUCAGGAAGUAUGAGUUUGAGGUUGCGCCAUCCCAGGUUCAUAUCUCUAAGAAGCUCGUAGUAUCGCCAGAGUCUGUGGCGCGCUUCGAGAAUGAUAGCAGGAAGCUCAUUGGAGGGUCAAACGAGCCGAAACCGAGCUUCUUCAAAGCCCCCGUCGCGAGAUUGAGCCAUGGAGUCUGGAGGAUCUUCUUGUCCGUGCGACAGAUUUUCACCAGCGAGGACUUUAUCCUCAUCAAGAUUGAUGGUCGUAAAGGUACUUUCCGCAUGGACUCGAAUGGCGCUGUCGAUCGGGACUUCCUCCUCCUGGGCAACCCAGUGAGGAUGAGAGGCAAGAAUGCUUGA